AUGCCGUGCCUCACAGCUCUAUCGACAGCUCCACUAGUAGCUCCUGCUGAAGAUGAAGAUCCGGAGCUUCUUACGGCCCCAACGCACACAGAGAUGGGCGACAUGAUCGCCCGACAUGUCGCAGCUCAUUUUCAGGCACUGAUGCUCCUGACAAUCCGCCUAGCCUCUAUACAGGUUGAAGAUAAGGAUACGCUUGAGGAAGUCAGGAGCGAUCUUUGCGAUACUGAUGGUAUUGAAGGAUCACCAACUGAACGGUUGUCUGUCGAAACGUCAGAUUGGUCUCUCACUUCUUUCCUCAUUGUGGUGUAA